UUCUAGGCACGGUUGUGUGAUGGAGGGGCGGAACCGAGCCCGGGGCUUCCUGUUGGUGCUGCUGUGUGUUGGACCCGCAUUGACGAAGUUGUCAAGAAUUGCCGUUCCCCAAGGACCCCUCCACAGGGUUGAGGGAAGCCAUGUCUCACUCUCCUGCAAUGUGUCACACUACAAGGGGUCUGAUGGGCUGGAUUUUGAAUGGUCCCUGCUUCAUCCCUCAGAGCCCCCACUGAGAAUGGGUUUGAUCAGCACUCGGAAUGAAGCAUUUACCCAUGCUGGCUUCCAGCACAGAGUACUGGCAGGGGAAAUCCGUAUCAGACGCACCUCUCCAAGCUCCGUCCAGCUACUCAUAAGGAAGCUUCGCAAAACUGACGCGGGCAACUUGGAAUGUUGUGUCCCUCCAGCGGCAGGGAGACACCAUGAUCCGUACAAGGCCUAUGUCACGCUGAGAGUACUGCCGGACACCCUGCAGUUGACAGCCCCAGAAGACUCACCAGUUCCCCUCUCCCUCCAGGAGGGUAAGCCCUUUGCACUCCAUUGUGAGGCGGCCUCUCUGUCAGCAGUACACACACACCUGUCUGUGCAUUUUGUGCUGGUGACCGGGGAGAGACGUGCACAACGGAUGGUAGCAGGGCUGGAUCGGGACCAGGUGCUGAGUUCUGAACUGGGGGGCCCUUUCUGGAGCCGCUUCACACAGGGGGAGGUAGGGCUGCAGAGGCUUGGGCACAGCUCCUACCACCUCCACCUCCAGCAUGUUCAGCCAGAGGAUGCCGGCCGCUACGACUGUGUGGCUGCACAGUGGCUCCAGGACCCGGAUGGACACUGGCAGAAGAUCAAGGAAAAGAGCGUCUCGCUGGUGGAUCUGAGCGUCCAGCCCAACGACAUGGUCAUGCAUGCUGCUGUCUCUGUGGUUCCCGGUUCAUUGUACCAGGGUGACAUGGUGACGAUGCUGUGUAAUGUCAGCCUGGGCCGGCCGCUGGGGGAUGAGCAGCUCUCAGUGGGCUGGUGGGGUCCGGCAGAGGAGCCUCUGGUGCUGCUGGACCGGCGGGGGAUAAGCCUGAACACCCCGCUGGGUGGUAGGAGUGCGGCAGGCACUGAACUGGGUAUGGACCGGCCAGCAGAGUUCUGCUUCCGUCUGCGUUUGUAUGGUGCCCACAGGGAGGACCAGGGCCACUUCCAUUGCCGGGUGGGGCUGUGGACACAGAACGAGGCCGGGCACUGGUACCAAUCAGCCAAAGCCAGCUCUCCCCCCACCACUCUCUUCCUCUACCUCACCCCCUGGGACACACUGCUGUUACCUGCCGUGGUGGGUGUUGUGACCGCCCUGACCGUCUCCAUCGCCAUCGUUGCUGCCGUCACCUGCUGCUUCCUUCGCCGGCUCGCUAGGAGGAGAGGCACUAAGUGACGCCCAUGAUGUGGGUGAACUGAAGAAUUUGUUCUCCAAUACGCCCAACUCAGUGCUGACUCCCAGCCCCUUAAUCCAGCUGUCUUAUUCCAGCAGUUACAUUUCCUUAUUCAUCCUGACCUAACACUUAUCACCCCCUCAGUACUGACUCCCAAUACAAUCCUUGUCACCUCCCCAACACUGACUCCCAAUACAAUCCUCACAUUCCUUCUCCAACUCUUAACUCCCAUCACAGCUCUCAGUACCCCAUCUCCAACCCUGACACUAACCCAGUCCUCGACAUCCCAUCUCCAAGCCUGACACCAAACCAACCCGUGAUACCCCUUGCCAACAGACUCCCAACCCUCAACACCCUCCCCCAAAACUCUCUCGAUAUAAUCCUCGUCACCACCUCCCCAACAUUGACACCAAUCUGACACGUUAUCCUUCCCAAAAAUGUCUCCCCACCUAUCGUUGUCAUCACCUUUGCAACAGUGACACCAGCCCUACCAUCAACUCCUCAUCUCCAACCUGAUAUCAACCCAAUCCUUAACACCUCCUCUCCAACCCUCGAAACCACCUACCCCAACACUGAUAACAAACCUCACCCUCUCUCCAGCUGUGACACCAACCCAUCUUUCCAUUCACAUUCCCCCACUUCAUUACCUUUCCCACCUGGCCCCCUUUAAUCCAACCCUGACACCAAUUUUUGCUCCCCCAACCUCAACAUGACCUUGAAAACACCCCCCCCCCCAACUGAGACUGAAUAGAUAACCCUAAAUACUCCUUGAGCCCAACCUCUCUGGCAGUGCCUCCCCUGGACCCAUCCCAGUGAGCACUGGUACCCACCACAAACCCCAAAGAUGGAAACCCAACUCAACCAACACAAGACUACUUGUGCUCAGUGGUUCAGGCAGCAGCUGUGGUAAAAGGGAAACAGUUCAUACUAGUGGCUGAAGACCCUUUGCUGUAAACAGGAAAGAACAAUUAAGUUUGUUAACAUUAGAAAGAAGAUGGAGGAAUGUAUAGAAUAAAGGGAGGAUCCUUGAUGGGGUGAGACCAAAUAAUACCAAGGUCCUUUGGAAUAUCCCAUCCCAUUACAUGCCUCCUGUUCCAUUGGCUCAUACAUACUUUCCAGCUUUCUAUAACCCCCUUGGACCCCUACAACCCUCCUAGUCUCUGUAGCACCUUCUAGCCCCUACCUUUCUCUCUCUCUCUACACCCCUCCCUAUCUCUGUAAACCCACCGUACCCUACACCCCUCCCUGUCUCUGUAACCCCACCCAUCUCCUACACCCCACCUUGUCUCUGUAACUCCAAAUGGCCCCUACAUCCCUCCCUUUCAUUGUAACACACUCUGGCCCAUAUCUCCCUCCCUGCCUCUGUUACUCUGUACCUCAUAAUCUCUCCUCCAACAUUCUCACCAGCCACCCAAAUUUCUCUCCUUCACUCACACACUGGGGGUCAGUUUUCAACUGAAAAUUAACCAACUCUACAUAUCUCUGGGAUGUGGGAGGAGAGUAGAGCAUGCAGACUCACAGACAGCAGUUUUAAACCCAGCAACUGUUUAAGCGGGUUGGGAUUGGAAAUCUGGAGCUGUGGACUGGGGUAUACAGUGGUCUUGUGUGAGCAGUAGGAGGAAUCUCCAGCUAAUAAACUCAUUGACCCCAACAAUCAUACACCACCUGUCCUGUCUGUGGACCCACACUGAUCUCAUAAUCCAAAGAAACAUGGGGAAGAAUCAAAGUAAAUCCUGAGAAACUGA